AUGAAGCUAGAGACCAUUGAGAACGAGAUCAAAGCUAUCAAUGGUGGUACCUGUACUGGGUCAGACCCAGGCUCGGAUACCGAGGACACCGUGUCUACUGUGGCCUCGGAGGAGGACUCCCCCCCUGAGAACGUGGAAGUGGCGCCCCCGGUCUCGCGAGUGCCUAUCUUAGAUGAGGCACACGAAGAUAUGGAGCAAUAUGAAGCAUGUCAAGAAGUUGACCAGGCGACCUUGUUAACGAGAGGAUACCCCUCAAGGAUGUUUGUCCCACCAGAAGAAGGAAGAAGAGUGCGUGGAGUACUGAACCUGGUCUUGUACAACGAAUUCACAGGGAGUGGUUCACAGGCCGGUGCUAACAUCAAGGAUUUGUUCAACUCACUAAGACGUGUAGACUCCGAUACCCUGGCCCAGGCCGACUUGUCACGAGCCUUCUAUUCGGUGCGACUCGAGGCUGAGGACGGUGUCGCUCUACCUGGUUAUGUCUACCGUGGUCGAAACUUCUUGAUGCAACGGCUCCCUAUGGGCUACCGUUACUCUAUGAAGAUUCUGUCCCUGUGUGUCGAGGACAUGUUGGGUCACCACACGCCUACCCGAUCAGUCGUUCGAGCCAUCUACGCUGACAACAUCAUCUACUCUGCUCAACGACAGGAUGAGGGUGUCUUACAAGAACGUAUUCGGGAGGAUGAGAAGAUCCUCAAUAGACAUGGAUUUCGGUGGAAGCCUGGCAGUGUGGAGACGUUGCCCCGAGAAGCUGGAGCUAGUAUGGUGGUGUUGGGCUAUAACUUAUUCAGAAGACAGGAUGGGCGUAUAGGUAUAGGGGUUAAGUAUCGUGUUCUACCUGAGGUGUGGAAUAGAAGGUCCCUCCUACAGUGGUCGGCUAAAUGUUAUGAUGAGUUAGGUAUCGCCGGCAGUGGAGCUAUCAAGGCUCGAAUCUCAGCAUUUGCUACGGCAGGAAUACUAACCUCUAUACUACCGCGGAAUUGA